AAUGCACUGUGUGCCAUUUUGCAACACACACACUCUCACACUGACACAGUGAAGACUGGCAAGUGGCAAUGCAGUUGCAGGGUUAUCGGACAAAUCCUGAGCUGUCAAAUCUUCGAAAUGGUUUCCGUAAACUUUAAAACGCGUGUUUGGUGUCCUCUAGUUAAAUAAUAAUCUAGUCGUGUUUUGUUGGUGCUUAGAUAGUGAAUAGUUGUUGUAAUGCUUGAAAAUGGUUCAUUCAAAUAGUGAUCCGACAAUGGCCCAUCCACCGCAUUACUUUCAUGAAUUGCCAGCCGAGGAUGAAGAAAGACUGGAAAAAAUAUUUAAAUCCUUAGAUGUUGAUGGCAAUGGAAAGAUAGAUAUCCACGAUUUAUCAGUAGCGUUAAAGGAUUUUGGAGUUCAUCACAAAUAUGCCCAGAAAUUCUUGGAACGCUCGGACUCUAAUAAGAGUGGUGAUAUCUCGUUAGCUGAAUUUAUUCAUUAUGUCAAAGAACAUGAGAAAAGGCUGAGGCUUGGUUUUUCACACAUAGACAAAAAUAAAGAUGGAAAAAUAGAUUUGGAAGAAUUGAAACAUGCGUUUGCCGAACUAGGUGUUCAAAUAGACACAGUCGAAGCCAAAAAUCUACUGCAGAGGAUGGAUCAGGAUGGAAGUCUGGAAAUCAGUUUCAAUGAGUGGCGUGACUUCCUACUCUACGCGCCCUCCACCGACAUCCAUGAACUUAUCCGUUACUGGCGACAUUCAACCUGUAUGGAUGUUGGUGAAAACUUGAACGUGCCAGACGACUUCACGCAGAAAGAGAUGAUGACGGGAAUGUGGUGGCGACACCUGGUGGCGGGAGGCAUAGCUGGUGCCGUGUCGCGCACCUGCACCGCACCCCUCGACAGGCUCAAAAUAUACCUUCAGGUUCACGGUACGUGCACGAGCGGCAUCAAGUCAUGCCUGACGCACCUGAUCAAGGAGGGCGGAGUGCGCAGCCUGUGGCGAGGCAACGGACUCAACGUGAUCAAGAUCGCCCCGGAGUCGGCGCUCAAGUUCAUGGCCUACGAGAAGGCCAAGCGCAUGAUCAGGAGUAGCACGCGUGAAGAGCUCACCAUCGCCGAGCGAUUUGUCGCCGGCUCGCUCGCCGGCGGUGUCAGUCAGACUGUCAUCUAUCCGCUAGAGGUUAUGAAAACUAGGAUGGCAUUGAGGAAAACCGGCGAAUUCGCAGGAAUUUUUGAUGCCGCAAAAAGAAUCUAUAGGUUCGAAGGGUGGAAGUCAUUUUACAGGGGAUAUGUUCCCAACCUACUAGGAAUUAUCCCUUAUGCUGGAAUCGACUUGGCCGUAUAUGAGACUCUGAAAAAUAGUUAUUUAAGGGGACACAGUAAUAGUGACACACCGAGCGUCAUCCUGCUACUGGGGUGUGGCACGGCGUCCAGCACAUGUGGCCAGGUCUUCUCCUAUCCCCUGGCACUCGUCAGGACCAGGCUGCAGGCACAAGUUGGUGAGAAAACAACGAUGGUUGGCAUGCUGAAGAGCAUCGUGGAGCAGGAGGGGUUUGCCGGCCUAUACCGAGGUAUCACUCCCAACUUCCUGAAGGUGGCGCCAGCGGUCAGCAUCAGCUACAUAGUCUACGAGCACUGUCGGCAGGCGCUCGGAGUCGACAUGUCCUGAAUACAAAACGACACGCUUUUUUAAUUUCAGACAUCGUUUCAGAAUUUUCGUUAAGAAAAUUGCCAAAAAUAGAAAGUAAUAGGUUUUUUUAAUUAGGCACAAAUCAUGCCAACCGUGAUUAGGGGUUGUUGUGAAAUAGAUCGAGAGAAGAUGAUGACAGAUGUGGCUUUCCAAAUAUAGGCCCCGUUGCACAAUAGCCUGUUAUAUUUUAGACAUGAUUAAAUGCCACUAGAACCAAUCAGAGAAGGCUUUGUUGAAAAUAGGGCGUUUCUGAUUUGUGAUCAUGUCAAUUAGUCACAGUUAAAAUUCAACAGACUUUUGUGCAACUGGGCCCGAGUCUUGUAAACCCUUCCAGCUAUAUCUGAAUUGUUGCUGGACUGUUGAGUAAUGUUUCGAGAUGCACUUCUCCAAAAUAUACUCUUCUUCUCUCUUAUAUCGUCUCGUGUUGAUGGAAAAAUCAUAGAUGGGAUUUAUCAUUAUUAUUUUGUCUUCACUCUAAAAUGGCCAUUCCGUCGAAAUGGUAUUCCACCAAAAAUUGAUUAAAAUCUCUCUAUAUUGAUAAUAUGUAUUGAUAAAGGCCUAUUCUAAAUUUUUAUACUAUUUAUCUUGCAGAAUUGAUUUACUUAGAAACUCGGAAAAAACAUGGAAUUAUGUCCAUAAACAUUGAAUUACAUUCAUUUAACAAAUUACUUGAAACGCUUGGCUUAUGUUGCUAGAAUUUUUAUCAAACGUUUGAUGGGUUAAUUUCAAAUUAUUAUUCGUUUCAACUAUUGGUUUAUCUAAUGAGAUAAAUUAUUGUUUAUCAACAAAUCGUUGAUAAUUAUACAUAUUCAAUCUUUUGCAAUAGGUAAUGUUCUAAAGCAAUUCACUUUGUCUGAUACUUUUUUUAACCUAAUAAUAGUUGAAGGGAGAACUAUGUUUUAGAUGUUUAGUUUCUAUAAUAAUUACACUCAAUACUAGUGAAACGCCACAUCUGUCCAUCGGUUUUCGUACUCGACAAUUUUUCUUGCUGUGAUCGCAAAGUUGCUAGGUUAGAUUAAUUUUAAUUAUAUUCUAGAUCCUCCAAUAAUGUCGAAGAUGUCAACCAACAAGACGGUUUGAAUUGGUUAUAAUAGUUAUUUUUUGUAAAUUUAAUAAUAACUUGUUUAAAGUAUGAAAAACGUAUACUGUUAUGCAAUUCUAUUGAAAAAAAUAUUUAAUUUCUCAAAUAUAUCCAAGUGUAUCUGUCUUCAAGUAAACUUAAUAAUAAUGCGAUGUAUUACCUAUAAUGUUUGAUUUGAUUUCAUGAUGAUUUAAAAUAUUGUGCACUUAUUAAAUUAUUGGAAUAUCCUUCAGUUACGUUUUAAUGCUUCGAUAACUGUAACUAGAAUAAAAUCUCUUACUUGUUAACAUUGGAAUAUAAUUAAUAUUCAACCGAACUUUGUAAGCAGAUGUUGAACCUGAUUUUUUUGUCAACAUUCAAUUACAGUAUUCGUGUAUGUAUGUUUGUUUUGUUUUGUGUAAAAUGUAGCGUGUGUGAGUUAGUGUCAUUGAGUAUGUAUGGUUUGAGUUCCUCUAUUUAAACUGUUGAGUAUACCAUCCAAUAAUAAACGUGUGUUAUCGGUAAUCAAUCUUAAGAAUUGCUCUAAUAGUUCAUUUUCUUAUUUAUUAUUUAAAUUACGAGGGGUUUUUAAGAAUUAUCAAUAAUGAUCCUUAUUUUCUUCAAUAGAUUUAUCUAGCAAUUCUCUUCAAUUGAAAUUCAACUUUUUGUAUUUUUAUCCAUGACUAAUUUGAAUUAUCGCAAAUAAACUUGAUUUAAAAUGAAUAAUUGUGAAGUUACUUUAAGAUUCUCUACUUACUACAAUAACCAUAAUUCCCUCUUGCAUUCAUCAAAUGGCUAUUCAAUGUUAAAUAAACCUCUACAUAAUGAUAACUAAUAUAUAAAAUAUAACUAGAUCAUUUCAUUGACUUAAAUCUUCAUCUAUUGACAAAGUUUAUCAGAAUUUUACCAUUCCGUUUUCUGUUAACAUUCCUUUUUAUAGUAAUAAUCAUUAGCUAUUAAAUAAAUUUAUUUGUUCUUGAGAUGAAAAUUUCAAUGCCCUUCACUGAGGGCAAAAAUGUUGAAAGCAAGCAUUUUAUACUGGAUUUUAUUUUUUAUAAUCUAAAUAGAAUUCUCCAUUCACAUCGAUCAGCUUCUUUUAGACUAGGCUUACAAAGUCGAUUUUUUUCAAUUCAACUUGUUUAUGAGCAACAUUUUGAAUGAGCGGAACUUAUCCUAAACAAUACUCUUUGUACUUAAUUGAAAAAAUGUCAACCAAAGAUAUUCUGUUCAAAACCUUGAUUGAACUGUUACUUUACGACUAUUAUAAGAUAUCUUCCUAAGUAAGUGUUGGAUUCCUCUUGAAGUAUCUAAAGAUCUUUAGCUGAUCUGAAAAUUAUCUCAAUUAGAAAAGACAUUCUUGAUUGAUUCUGAUGAAACUCUGUGAAACAUUAUUAUAAUAGAGAUUGUUUGAGAAAUUUAUCUUAUAUGAUUUGUACUUAACUUUAGAAUGUGAUAAUAUUAAAAAUUUAAUCUUGGAACAGUUUUCUUCAAGAAAACUUCCUUUAUACAUUUGCUUGAAACUGUAUUGUGCUAUUAGAUUGUAAAUUAUAUUUGAUAGUCAUUGAUUAAAUUUGUACACAUCAUUCUAAAUGUAUGUCAAAAUUUUAUUGUUGAAGACAUAAUAAAUUAUUCAAGUUUGUAAUAAGGUGAUGUGCACUUUCAGCAUAGGCUACUUGACAGACUUUUAAACUGACUUAUAAUUGCUCUUGUAAAGUAUGUUUUCUACCAGUAAAGUUGAGGUCGAAUAAUUUACAAGAGUAUCACGAUGAUCCUACAUAUGGCGUUUAGAGUAUAUAUUCUAUAGAAAACUAUUGCAAAUUGAAAUAUUGCAAUAUUGGAUGUUAACUAUAUAUUCUAAACACCUUGUUGUUACCUUGCAUAAGCCCUUUCCCCACACUUAUGAUUUUAAAUACUAUUCAGAUCGACGAAAAUAUUGUAUUUAAAUUUAGUUUUAAAUUAACUAGAUUUUCUAUUUAUUUGUAUCAAAUAUUGUUUGUUUAUAGAUAAACCGAUCUUGUUAUACAGAACUUUUGUCAUAUAAUCUAUUUAUUGCAAAA